CCAAUUCAAUGAGGAAGAAGAAAGUAAGUCAGUGUUUCUGCCGGAACUUCACAGUGUGACACCCGGCGGAUGUAAACAAAGAAGCAUGAGCAGAGUUAGCUUCACUGCUGUGUGGACUGAGCUAUAAAACGGCUGUAUUAUAGUAUGAAUGAGAAAUAUCAGAGCGAGAAAGUAACGAUGUGUUCAGUUGAGUAUCUGAGAGAGUUGAUCAGCGACAGACUAGCUGCUGCUGCUGGAGAAAUAUUCACAGAGUUUGAAAAAACCAUCGUCCAGUACCAGGAGGAGAUCGAUCGUCAGCGCAGACUGCUGGAUGUCAUCUGGAAACCACACAUCCCCUUACAGCCCAUAGAGCUCCCACAGUCGUAUGUCUGUGAGAAUGAGAAGACUGUUGUUGACCAUCAGCCCCAUGACCAGGAGACAAAACUCCAUGGUGGACCAUGAGGACCCAGAGCCUCUACAGAUUAAAGAUCAGCAGGAGAAACUCUGCACCAGUCAGGACCAAUCAAACCCAGAGUUUUCUCAAAUUAAAGUGGAACAGGAAGAAUUGUGCACCAGUAUGGACCAAUCAAACCCAGAGUUUUCUCAAAUUAAAAUGGAACAGGAAGAAUCGUGCACCAGUCGAGACCAAUCAAACCCAGAGUUUUCUCAAAUUAAAAUGAAACAGGAAGAAUCGUGCACCAGUCUGGACCAAUCAAACCCAGAGUUUUCUCAAAUUAAAAUGAAACAGGAAGAAUCGUGCACCAGUCUGGACCAAUCAAACCCAGAGUUUUCUCAAAUUAAAAUGAAACAGGAAGAAUCGUGCACCAGUAUGGACCAAUCAAACCCAGAGUUUUCUCAAAUUAAAAUGGAACAGGAAGAAUCGUGCACCAGUCUAGACCAAUCAAGCCCAGAGUUUUCUCAAAUUAAAGUGGAACAGGAAGAAUUGUGCACCAGUCUGGACCAAUCAAACCCAGAGUUUUCUCAAAUUAAAAUGGAACAGGAAGAAUCGUGCACCAGUCUAGACCAAUCAAACCCAGAGUUUUCUCAAAUUAAAAUGGAACAGGAAGAAUCGUGCACCAGUCGAGACCAAUCAAACCCAGAGUUUUCUCAAAUUAAAAUGAAACAGGAAGAAUCGUGCACCAGUCUGGACCAAUCAAACCCAGAGUUUUCUCAAAUGAAAAUGAAACAGGAAGAAUCGUGCACCAGUCAGGACCAAUCAAACCCAGAGUUUUCUCAAAUUAAAGUGGAACAGGAAGAAUUGUGCACCAGUAUGGACCAAUCAAACCCAGAGUUUUCUCAAAUUAAAAUGGAACAGGAAGAAUCGUGCACCAGUCGAGACCAAUCAAACCCAGAGUUUUCUCAAAUUAAAAUGAAACAGGAAGAAUCGUGCACCAGUCUGGACCAAUCAAACCCAGAGUUUUCUCAAAUUAAAAUGAAACAGGAAGAAUCGUGCACCAGUCUGGACCAAUCAAACCCAGAGUUUUCUCAAAUUAAAAUGAAACAGGAAGAAUCGUGCACCAGUAUGGACCAAUCAAACCCAGAGUUUUCUCAAAUUAAAAUGGAACAGGAAGAAUCGUGCACCAGUCUAGACCAAUCAAGCCCAGAGUUUUCUCAAAUUAAAGUGGAACAGGAAGAAUUGUGCACCAGUCUGGACCAAUCAAACCCAGAGUUUUCUCAAAUUAAAAUGGAACAGGAAGAAUCGUGCACCAGUCUAGACCAAUCAAACCCAGAGUUUUCUCAAAUUAAAAUGGAACAGGAAGAAUCGUGCACCAGUCUAGACAAAUCAAACCCAGAGUUUUCUCAAAUUAAAAUGGAACAGGAAGAAUCGUGCACCAGUCUGAACCAAUCAAACCCAGAGUUUUCUCAAAUUAAAAUGGAACAGGAAGAAUCGUACACCAGUCUGGACCAAUUAAACCCAGAGUUACCACAAAUUAAAAUGGAACAGGAUGAACUCUGCUUCAGCCAGGAGGAAGAGUUAAUUGGAUUGAAACAGGAGACUGAUACCUUUGAGGUGACUCCUGCUGAUGAGGAAAGUGACCACAGUGAACCAAAACCAAACAGUGAUCAGCUCCUGUUUCACAUCUCUUGUGUAGCUGAGAGCCCAGAUCAGGAAGGAUGCAAGGAUGUAGACUCAGGAUCAACUAGAUGUAUGGAGCAGGAACCAAGAUGUCAGAGUGACAGCAGUCACAGUAAUGAUGUAGACAAUGCUCCAACGUCAGCGAGACAGUGUGACAAUGACAAGGCAAGAAAACCUGCAACAUGCAAGGUCUGUGGAAAAUCUUUUAGGGAUAAAUCAGUUUUAAUAAUACAUCACAGAACCCACACAGGUGAGAAGCCGUAUUCUUGUGGAACCUGUGGAAAAAGCUUUAGUCGACGGGACAAUUUGACGACACACAUGAGACUUCACACAGGUGAGAAGCCGUAUUCUUGUGGAACCUGUGGGAAAGGCUUCAGUCAACGGGACUCUUUGACUAAACACAUGAGACUUCACACAGGUGAGAAGCCAUAUUCUUGUGGAACCUGUGGGAAAGGCUUCAUUCAACGGGCCCAUUUGACUAAACACAUGAGACUUCACACAGGUGAGAAGCCAUAUUCUUGUGGAACCUGUGGAAAAAGCUUCAUUCAACGGCGCUCUUUGACUGCCCACAUGAGACUUCACACAGGUGAGAAGCCUUAUUCUUGUGGAACCUGUGGAAAAAGCUUCAGUCGUCGGACCAUUUUGACUAAACACAUGAGACGUCACACAGGUGAGAAGCCAUAUUCUUGUGGAACCUGUGGAAAAAGCUUCAGUCGACAGUGCUCUUUGACUGACCACAUGAGAUGUCACACAGGUGAGAAGCCUUAUUCUUGUGGAACCUGUGGAAAAAGCUUCAGUCGACGGCGCUCUUUGACUGACCACAUGAGACUUCACACAGGUGAGAAGCCAUGUUCUUGUGAAACCUGUGGAAAAAGCUUUAGUCGACGGUCCCAUUUGAAUGCCCACAUGAGAUGUCACACAGGUGAGAAGCCGUAUUCUUGUGGAACCUGUGGAAAAAGCUUCAGUUGUCGGACCAAUUUGACUAAACACAUGAGACGUCACACAGGUGAGAAGCCAUAUUCUUGUGGAACCUGUGGAAAAAGCUUCAGUCAACGGACCCAUUUGACUAAACACAUGAGAUGUCACACAGGUGAGAAGCCAUAUUCUUGUGGAACCUGUGGAAAAAGCUUCAGUCAUCAGACCUAUUUGACUGUCCACUUAAGAUGUCACACAGGUGAGAAGCCAUAUUCUUGUGGAACCUGUGGAAAAAGCUUCAGUCAUCGGACCAAUUUCACUAAACACAUGCGACGUCACACAGGUGAGAAGCCAUAUUCUUGUGGAACAUGUGGAAAAAGCUUCAGUCAAGGGACCAUUUUGACUGACCACAUGAGAUGUCACACAGGUGAGAAGCCAUAUUCUUGUGGAACCUGUGGAAAAAGCUUUACUCUUCGGACCAAUUUGACUAAACACAUGAGACGUCACACAGGUGAGAAGCCAUAUUCUUGUGGAACCUGUGGAAAAAGCUUCAGUCAACGGAUCCAUUUGACUGCCCAUAUGACAUGUCACACAAGUGAGAAGCCGUAUUCUUGUGGAACCUGUGGAAAAAGCUUCAGUCACUGGACCCAUUUGACUGCCCAUAUGACAUGUCACACAAGUGAGAAGCCAUAUUCUUGUGGAACCUGUGGAAAAAGCUUCAGUCGUUGGACCUAUUUGACUGACCACAUGAGACGUCACACAGGUGAGAAGCCAUAUUCUUGUGGAACCUGUGGAAAAAGCUUCAGUCAACGGACCAUUUUGACUGCCCACAUGAGAUGUCACACAGGUGAGAAGCCGUAUUCUUGUGGAACCUGUGGAAAAAGCUUCAACCGUCGUUCUCGAUUAAAAGCCCACAUGAGAAUCCACACAGCUGAGAAGUCAUGAUC